AAAUAGUACAAAUCAAAUCAAACCAAUUUACAAUUUGUUCUUCUCUCUCCCAUCAAUUGAUUCUUCACUGUUCUUGCUUUUCUCAUUAUUCCCUUGAACGUGGAUGCCCGCACUCAACCAACGGAUUCAAACAAGCCUUCAAUGGACUGCCACAAUUGAUUUCUGAAUUCCGAGGAUCUUUUGAGACCGGUUCUUGAAGAAGAAACUCGGGUUUUCGAGGAGGGGGGAGGGUGUUUUCGAUCAAGAUUCAAGAAAACACGAUAGAGAUAAACAUAUAGAUCAUGAUAAGACUAAAAGAAAUCAAGUCUUUUCAUACCGAAAAAAGAUGGGCAUUCCCGCUUGCUAUAACUUCGAUUGUAUGUUUAUUCCUCUUUGCAACUUGUUUCAAUAUGGGCCUCCUUCCUCCGUUGUACAAAUUCAAUUCGUUUUUCCCGUUAUUCAACUCUCGCACCGCCUCAAAUCUAACGAUCCCACAUUUUGCCGAAGAAAAGAUCAAAUCUCCUCCCCCUCCUCCUUCCGCACCUCGUUCAUCCACCCCUCGUUUCGCCUAUUUGAUUUCGGGAUCCAAAGGGGACUUAAAUAAGCUUUGGAGGACACUUAGAGCAUUGUAUCAUCCAUGGAACCAUUACAUUCUUCAUCUUGAUCUUGAAUCGGAACCUCAAGAGCGAAUGGAGCUUGCAUCACGAGUUGAAAAAGAUCCCAUGUUUGCUACGGUCGGGAAUGUUUAUAUGAUCACAAAAGCGAAUAUGGUAACGUAUAGAGGGCCCACAAUGGUGUCGAACACUCUUCAUGCUUGCGCCAUUCUUCUUAAGAGGAAUAAAGAUUGGGAUUGGUUUAUAAACCUCAGUGCCUCCGAUUAUCCUCUCGUGACUCAAGAUGAUCUCAUUUCUACUUUUCGUGGUCUGAAGCGAGAAUGGAAUUUUAUCGAGCAUACAAGUCAACUGGGAUGGAAGGAGGAUCAAAGAGCGAUGCCGUUGAUGGUUGAUCCAGGACUAUACGAGAAUAAGAAAUCUGAUAUCUUUUGGGUGCAACCAAAUAGACCUCUGCCCACAGCCUUUAAAUUGUUCACUGGAUCGGCUUGGAUGGUUUUAUCACGUUCGUUUGUAGAGUAUUGCAUAUGGGGUUGGGAUAAUCUUCCACGGACUCUCCUCAUGUACUACACCAAUUUCGUAUCCUCACCCGAAGGUUAUUUUCAGACGGUCGUAUGCAACGUUCCAGAAUUCAUUCCUACGGUUGUUAACCAUGAUAUGCACUUUAUUUCUUGGGACAACCCUCCAAAACAGCAUCCUCACGUCCUCAAUAUAAACGACACCGGUAAAAUGAUUAAAAGCGGGGCCGCUUUUGCACGUAAAUUCGAUCAAGAUACUUGGGUUUUGGAUAGAAUUGAUAACCACUUACUUCACCGAAAAAAUGGGAGCUUCACCCCAGGUGGAUGGUGCAAAGGGGACCCUUUGUGUUCUAAGGUCGGGAAACCCACACGGAUUAAACCGGGUCCAGGAGCUAAACGACUCCGAAGACUUUUAAAGAAGCUGAUUCAAUCAGCCGAAAAGGGAAAUCAAUGUCGAUAGGUUAUAUUCUUUAUUUUGAGAUAGAAGAUUUGUAGUAGUUUCGAUCAUACAUUAUAGCAUUUUUGCUUGUGGAGUACUUGAAUAUAUUCUAUCUGCAGCCCCAACCUUCUCUCGUUGGGACUGCGUUUUUGUUGUUUA